GUAAUUUUGCCAAUGUUUGAAUUCCUCUAAUUUCAUGUCGUAUUUUUCAAGAGAUGAUUCCAGCUAUGCACAGCGCUCUAUCCAAAACAUUGUGAGUGGUAAAACAGUGGAAAAUGCCGCGAAAAAAGCGUCUUUUGAUGAACGAACCUGGGUUUGGAUUCCUGAUCCUGAGGAAAUAUACUUAAAGGCAUGGAUUGAAGAAAAAAUGAACUCAAACUCCCGAUACAGGGUUAGGUUAGAGAAAGAUGGAUCCGAACGAAUUGUGGAUUCAAAGAGUACGGGAGAAGUGAACCCUCCAAAGUUUGACAUGGUAAACGACAUGGCUGAGUUAACAUGUCUUAAUGAGCCUUCAGUAAUUCACAACCUAAUACAAAGAUACGAACGAGGCUUAAUCUAUACAUACUCUGGUCUUUUCUUAGUAGCCGUGAAUCCGUAUCGGUCAUUGCCUAUUUAUGGUGAAGAUAUAAUUAAGAAAUACCAUGCAAAGCAAUUGCCUGAAGUCAAGCCUCACAUCUUUCGUGUUGCAGAUAUUGCCUAUAGGAACUUGCUGGAAAGAGACCAAGAUCAGUCGAUUUUGGUGACCGGUGAAUCAGGUGCUGGUAAGACAGAAACUACAAAAAAAGUUAUCCAAUAUCUUACUGCAAUUACUGGUACCUCUAGCAAUGAUUCUCAACUUUUAGAAAACAAGAUCUUAGACACCAAUCCCGUUUUGGAAGCAUUUGGUAAUGCCCAAACUGUGCGAAACAAUAACUCUUCUCGUUUUGGAAAGUUUAUACGUAUUGAGUUUUCCAAAGAUGGUAGUAUUGUUGGUGCUAACUUGGACUGGUACUUGCUUGAGAAAUCUCGAGUUACAAAUCCUUCUCCUAAAGAACGAAAUUAUCAUAUUUUUUAUCAAUUAUUACGGGGUAGUAAUAGUGAUUUACUAAGAGAGCUUUUCCUUGAGCGUUCCAUUGAUAAGUAUGCCUAUUUAAAGAAUUGUGCGAAAGUGAUUUCAGGAGUAGAUGACGCCUCUGAAUUUCGUCAACUCUGUGCCGGACUUACGACACUUGGCUUCAAUUCGGACGAUACAAAGCAGCUUUUUACUACAAUUGCUGCUGUUUUGCACUUGGGAAAUAUAGAAGUUGCUUCUGACCGUAGUGGCCAAGCUCGAUUCCCAUCUUUGACACACAUUGAUCAGCUCUGUCAUUUGUUAGGAAUACCAGCUGAAGCUUUUAUGAAUGCGGUUCUACAUCCUAAAACGAAGGCAGGGAGAGAAUGGAUCGUAAAUGCCCGUACCAAAGAGCAGGUUCUUCAUACCCUUCAAUCCCUCGCAAAGAGUUUGUAUGAACGGAAUUUUGCAUUCUUAGUUGACAAAUUAAAUCGAACAAUGUAUCAGACUCAAAGUGAAAAUAAUAGCUUUAUAGGUGUGCUGGAUAUUGCGGGAUUUGAGAUUUUUGCGCAUAAUAGCUUUGAGCAACUCUGCAUUAAUUAUACAAACGAAAAGCUUCAACAGUUUUUUAAUCAUUAUAUGUUCGUCUUAGAACAAGAAGAAUAUUUUCAAGAGAAAAUUGAGUGGAAUUUUGUUGAUUAUGGCAAUGACUUACAGCCAACAAUUGAAAUAAUUGAGAAAUCAGAACCAAUUGGCAUCCUUUCCUGCUUAGACGAAGAUUGUGUUAUGCCAAUGGCAACAGAUAACACCUUUACCGAGAAGCUACAUUUGCUUUUGAAAGGAAAGCCUGACAUUUACCGCCCAACAAGGUUCUCAUCUGAAGGAUUUAUUUUGCGACAUUAUGCAGGUAAUGUUGUUUAUUCUACAGAAGGCUGGUUAGAAAAAAAUAAAGACCCACUGAAUUCCAAUCUUGCGAACCUGAUAUCGCAAUCUUCUAGUAUGCAUAUAUCUUCCCUAUUUUCUGAUUACUCUUCUGAGAAUAAUUUUAAUAGUGAUCAUUAUGAAAAAAAGGGUAUUUUCCGUACUGUAUCUCAAAGACACAGACGACAACUUAAUAAUCUGAUGAAGCAACUAGAAGCUACGCAACCGCAUUUCGUCCGUUGUAUUAUUCCGAAUAGCACAAAGAAGCCUAAACUUAUCGAAAAAGGCUUGGUUUUGCACCAGCUAAGAUGUAACGGUGUUCUAGAAGGAAUUCGAAUUGCUCAAACUGGGUUUCCUAACAAGCUGUUGUAUACAGAAUUUCGGUCUAGAUAUGGAAUUUUAUCUCGUACUUUAGAAAAAGGGUACGUCGAAGCCAGGAAAGCUACUAUGUCCAUUAUAAAGGAAUUGAACUUGUCUGAAAGUGUCUAUAGACUAGGAGAAACGAAAGUUUUUUUUAAGGCUAAUGUACUUGGCUUCCUGGAAGAUCAAAGGAAUGCAAUGUUGCGAGAUAUUUUCAAAGCUUUCUCUUCUACAAUAAGAGGCUUUCUUGUACGGCGUCGACUUUAUCGGCUAAACCAUCGCCAGGACGCUGCUAUCCUUUUACAACAUAACUUGAGAGAAUUGCUUGUUCUAGGGAAACACCCUUGGUGGCAUUUAUUCUUAAAGUUAAAACCUUUAUUGGGAACAACGCAAACUGAUGAAUAUUUACGCCGUAAGGAUGUACUGAUUAAUAACCUUCGAACUCAACUAGAGAAAGCUGAAUUAGUAUCUGUUGAACUGGAGGCCAAUCGUCAGCAAAUUUCGAAAAUUUCAAAAGAUCUGAGUGAGGAACAGGCGAUUUCUAAAGAGAAAGAAAUCCUAGUUGAGCGAGCCAAUUCUAGAGUUGAAGUCAUAAAUGAACGACUGUCUGAUUUGGAAGAGCAAUUGCGUUUGAGUCAUAAUAAGUAUGAUUUACUUUAUAAUGAGAAAAAGGAGACUGAUGAUCAACUUGCGAUAUGUACAUCUCAGAUAAAUCAUCUUCAAGAAUUAUUGUUGGCUUUGCAAGAAAAGCUAGAAUUUGCUGUUACAGCAGAGAAAGAAAUGAAAAACAAGUACAAAGAGCUGGAGACUACCUAUAUUAAUUUACAAGCAGAUUAUGAUCAUUCUGCUCAGCUGUUAAACUCUCAACAAAAUUCCUUAAUAGAAGAGCAAGCAAAAUAUGAUAAAUUAAAAGAAACGAUGAGCAAAUUAGAGGAAGACAUAAUUUCCAAGGAUAGUCUACACGAAGAAGAGUUGGACGAAUAUAAGUCAGAAAAUUCUAAUCUGAGGAACCAAUGCAAUACCUAUGAAUCUCAAAUUGCUAAUUUGGUAUCUGAUUAUUCAAGGACUGAAAGUGAAUUAAAUAAAAAAGAAGCUGAGAUUUUAAUGUUUCAGAGGGAACUUGCUGAUUAUAGAGAUCAACUUGCUAAUUCUUUGAAAAAACGAGCUUCUUCUGAUUUUCUUGGAGAGGAGGAGGCAUUGUCGCUUGACAGUCAAGAAAGUGCAUUGUCAUCUUCGUCAACCACUCUUUCAAUCUUAAAAGAUGUACAGGACUUAAAAUCAUUGCACUCUAAAGAAGCAGUACAACUCUCUGACAGAAUUAAAGAUGUUAGUCAGCUACUUGAGCAGAGCAUAGCUGCCGAGGAUAAAUUGCGCUUGAAAAAUAAUGAAUUAUCGGAUGUUGUUGAAGCUUUAAAGUAUCAAUUACAGGAACAGGACAGUGAAAUUCUCGAACUGAAUGCUGUUAAUACAAACCUUCGUAAGACCAAUGACAUAUUAGAAAAAAAUGCGACAGACUUCAUUGAUUUACAAAGCGUGAAAACUCGUUAUGAAUGCAAAGUAUCGGAAUUAUUCAACCAGUUGCAUAAAGAACGAAAAAGAGUUGAACAACUGAAGACGGAGCUUGAAUCUUUUGGAAACAAUGAAAAGGAAAAUCAUCAUUUCGGUUUCUCAAAAGAUAAUGAUUUAAGGAAAGGUCCAGGAAAGGAAAGUCUUCGCAUGAUCACAGAUCUACUUUCUUCAGCAAUGAGUUCUUCAACAUUCGAAAAACAUCAUCUCGUAAAGCUCCUUAAUACCUUAAAGCAACAAAUUUCGGAUUUUAAUUUAAGUCCUCAGCAAGAAAACCUGAUCUCUUCUAACUUGGAACCUUUAAAAAGCAGAUCGUCACUAGAAGGAAACAUGGAACCUGUUUUGUCGCCUUCCAAAAUCAACAAUAGUGAUCCCUCAAACUUUACAAAAAUGCUACAAGGGUCUCCCAGUAAGCGUUCUGGGAAAAUGGAGGCGCUUAUUCGAAACUUUGAUCAGAAUAGUGACUCGUUUCUUUCCCAACCUAAUAAAGAAGAGGGAAAUCCAAAAUCUCUGAACUUUCGCUCAGAAAUUAUGAAACUCAACUUUAAUUUAGAAGAAGCAAAAAGAAAUGGAGUUUUGGAUCCCAGUGCUGUUGACAAUGGCGUUGCUGCUGUAAUGCAGUCUUUAUUGGAAGAAAACCAAGCGCUUAAAUCUCUAGCGACAGCAAAUGUAAGCAUUGAAAAUUCCACCGAUGAGCAAGAAGAGCUUCUAAAUAAGGUCCCCGCUCAAUUACAGGGCGAGUUAAGGAAGCAGUUCGAUCAGCUACGCACGUCUAAAGACACAUUGUCAAAACUGCAUAACAUUACUGAGGAUAAGCUUCAUUCGGCUGAUCUAGCACUCAAAGAAACAACUAAAGAAAGAGAUCAUUUGCUACGUAAUUUCUCUUUAUCGAGCAAACCUACGUUUACUAUCAAUGAUGAAACAGAAGAACUUGGGUAUGAAAGCUCAGAUGACUUUGAUGAACAAAAACUAGAAGAGGUCAAUCUUUUACGUAUGAGGAAAUUGGAAAGUGCUCUUUCAAAAUAUAGAAGCCGUCUCACCGAAUAUCAAUUACGAAAUGAAAAUUCAGAAUCAUCCAUUCAUAAAUUAGAACGCGCUAAAGAAGGUCUCUCCAGUAAGUUAGAAGAAAGAGAAGCCCACAUAAAUGAACUUCUUGAUAUUCGGAAGAAGAUGGAAACGGUGUUAUUGGAAUCAAUUGCUAAGCAAAAAGAGUUUGAAAGCCUAUUUAAUGAGAGAAAUAACGAUUUAUUGGAAUUAAAGCAACAUAAAGAAAAAUUGAUGAAGCAAAUUGACGAAUUUCACAUCGUGCGUGUUCAAGACCUGGAAGAACGUGAACGGAAAGACGAAUUAUUAUUCCAGCGUUAUCAGAAAGAGCUGAAUGGAUUUAAGGUACAACUAGAAGAAGAGCGAGAGAAAAAUUUGCGGAUACGGCAAGACAAUCGACACAUACAUAUAGAAGUUGGAAAGCUAAGAACAAAGGUUGAUGAAUUGCUUCUCGAGAAAACUGGUUUAGUGAAAGAAAAUUCGCGGUUACAAUCUGAAAUUCAAUCAGUAUAUAAGGUGAGAAACAACUCUUCAAUAGCACAUCGAACAGCGCAAUCGCAAUUGCUAGAUCUGACGUCGCAGUUGCAAGAAAUUCGAGAAACUAAUGAGUCCCUUCGUUCUGAGCAAAGCAAUUUGCAGAAUGAAAAACGUAUUCUUGAACAAAAGGUUCAGGAAUUAAUGACCCAACUAAACACUUCUAAAGUUUCUGAAUACCCUCCGGAAUUAGCUGAUACUGAGAAGGAAAUGAUUGAUUUGAGAGCAAGCAUGGAACAAAAAGAUGAACUAUUGACGUCUCUUGUAGACAGAAUGAAGCAGAUGGAAUUUUUUGCUUCUGAGACUCAAAAAGAUAGUAAUCAACAUCGUGAAGAAAAUCUGAAUCUACAUCGCCAAAUUGGGGUUUUAGAAAAUGAAAAGAAGGAACUGGAGCUUCGAUUGUUUGACUUAGAUGCUAAAAGCUAUCCCAUGAGUUCAUCGAAAGAUGUGCGAAUGCUUCAAAAACAAAUUGCUGAGUUAGAGACCUCUAUUGCAGAUUCUGACAAUGAAAGGCUUAAGGGACUUGACGAAUGCAGGCUCCGGGAUCGUGCCAUUCGUCAUUUAGAGACUCGCCUUCAAAAGUUCGACGAAGAAAAGCAAAAUCUAACAUCAUCCAUUUCUCGCCUUGAAGAACGGAACAAUCUUCUUUAUAGCCAAUUAGAGGAUACAAAAGCGUCCGAAACGCAAAGCAAGUUAGCCUUGCGAAGAGCGGAGCAUGAGGUCCAAGAGGAGCGUGAAAACCUUAGGAAUUUGGAGCGAGAUCUAGAAAAAUAUCGAUUAAUCCUUGAAGGGCAACGAGCUAGGCGCUUAGACAGUCGAAUGUCAGUGCGUUCUAGUACAAAAUCUCCGACCUUGCAUUGAUUUUAUUCGCAUGCUUAAUUUUUAAUUCUUAAAUGUUUUAUCUAGCUUUAUUUCUUCGUUAAUAAGUUUGCAUAUUUCAAUUUCUUAAUAUUCUUUGUAUGUUUACUUUCUACCUCUUACUUUCUUUGACGAUUGAUUGUAUAUAUAUAUUUAUCGAUCUCUACCUCUCUUAUUCUCCCUUUCCAUGUGAAGAAAUUUUCGAUCCUCUAAAUAUCCCUGCUACCAAUUAUUCCUGUUUUUACUGAUGAUCAAUCCCAACCAUAUCAUAUCUUACGUAAAAUAAUCAGCAUGUUACAAUAAUGAAUAGAAAAAAAAAGUUUUAUUUUAAAAUUUAAACUCUAAGCAUA